ACUCCAAUAGUUGUGUUCGUAACCUGCUGAGCCACAGUGGGAACUCUGACAUUUAACUGUUUUCCAAUUAUGCAAUGCCUUUUUUCUUUUCUUUGCAACCACACCACCAGUAAACACACCAAAUCAAAACUGUGAGUCUCUCCACCAAACUUGGAGCUCCUCAACCAGAAGGGGACUGACGAACGUUGCUAAAAGGAAUGGGGGGAUCUGCUAUGUUUGGCCCAACCACCACCCCUUGGCGCCCCGGAGACUUUCUUUGGUUGACAGGCUUUUGGGAAGGCAAAGCCUCCCGGAACUCUAACACCCUGGGCUAUUGAGAAAUUUGGGGCAAAGGGAACUGGAAGAGUCCAUUCUGUCACCUCGAGGAACUCAGCCCUGCCAGCCUCUUCCAACCUCAGAACUCGAGUAUUCUUGGAAUGAGCCUUGGGAGAGAGUCCUGCAUGCUGGGAACAUCCACUCUGAAUCCUGGGGGGAUGGGGAGAGCGAGAAGAGCCCACCUUCCAGGGUGGAGCCUCGGAUGUCCCACGAGCCAAUGCACUGGUGCCUGAACCUCAGACGGUCCUCCGCCUGCACCAAUGUGUCUCUGCUCAACCUGGCCACCAUGGAGCCCACCGACUCUUCGGGGACAGACUCAAUCACGGAAGACAGCGGCCUGCUGGCACUGCCCGUGCCCCCUGCCUCCCCCACCCCGCCCUGGGCUCCAGAUGACCCAGACAUCACGGAAAUACUGAGUGGGGUCAACAGUGGAUUGGUCCGCGCCAAAGACUCCAUCACCAGCUUGAAAGAGAAGACCACCCGCGUUAACCAGCACGUGCAGUCGCUACAGAGUGAGUGUUCCGUGCUGAGUGAGAAUCUAGAGCGAAGGCGGCAGGAAGCGGAGGCGCUGGAAGGGUACUGCAGUCAACUCAAGGGCCCCCGCCCUGGUGUCCUGACCCAGGAGAACUGCCGGAAGGUGACCCGGUCGGUGGAAGAUGCUGAAAUAAAAACCAACGUCCUGAAGCAGAACUCUGCCCUGCUGGAGGAGAAGCUGCGCUACCUCCAGCAGCAGCUGCAGGAUGAGACGCCGAGGAGGCAGGAGGCCGAGCUGCAGGAGCUGGAGCAAAAGUUGGAGGCUGGCCUCUCCCGGCAUGGCCUGGGCCCCACCACCCAGCCUCCAGGCUGCUCCGGCCUGCCAGGGAGUCCCGACGAACCCCGGAGACCACGAGGCCUGGCUCCAGGUGGCUGGGGGAUGGGGCCCCGGGCAGGGGAGGGCCCCAUCCUAAGUGAGCAGGAGUUGCAGAAGGUCUCAACCGGCCUUGAGGAGCUGAGGAGGGAGGUGUCCUUGCUGACCGCCCGGUGGCAUCAGGAGGAGGGGGCUGUGCAGGAGGCCCUGCGGCUGCUCGGGGGCCUGGGCGGCAGGCUCGACGGAUUCCUGGGCCAGUGGGAGCGGGCACAGCGCGAGCAGGCGCAGACCUCACGGGGUCUGCAAGAGCUGCGGGGCCGGGCGGACGAGCUGUGCACCUUGGUGGAGCGGUCAGCAGUGUCUGUGGCUUCACUACGGAGCGAACUGGAGGGGCUGGGCCCAGUGAAACCGAUUCUGGAGGAGCUUGGGCGGCAAUUCCAGAGCUCUCGAAGAGGGUCUGACCUCUCUAUGAACCUGGAUCGGGGCCCCCAAGGCCCCUGUGCCCGCUGUGCCAGCCAGGGACAGCAGUUGUCCACGGAGUCCUUGCAGCAGCUGCUGGAACGAGCACUGACCCCGCUAGUGGAUGAGGUGAAGCAGAGGGGCCUGGCUCCUGCCUGUCCCAGCUGCCAGAGGCUACACAAGAAGAUUCUGCCCAGUCCAGCAAGCCCAGCCGCGUCUACACUCCCCUCCCCAGGAGCUGGAGCGCCAGGCCUUAGCCAAACACGUCAGGGCAGAGGCCCUGAGCUCCACCCUUCGGCUGGCUCAAGACGAAGCCUUGCGGGCCAAGAACCUGCUGCUGACGGACAAGAUGAAGCCGGAGUGAGGGAGCAGGCUGAGGGCAUGGGAGGAGGGGAGAAGGUGGCUAUUCUGGACUAUCUCCACUUGAAGAUGUGCUCCCUCCACGAACAGCUCAGCUACCUGCCACUUGAGGGGUCCAUGGGGACAAUGGGGGGAGGAAGUGGGGGGGCAGCCCCCCAAAAAUGUGGGGGCCCAACCACUGAGCAAUAAACGGCCCCUCAUGCUGGCA